GACCUCUUCCAUCAGAACGAUGUCUGGGUCUUGCAACACUCUGUAGGCCAAAACCUUGACAAGGAACUGUGUUGUGAUAAUCGUACCUGGAGCGCCUUAACUUACCAGAUUACCAUUCGACGAAUGUCUCUGUUCUACACUAAGACGGUGGUGGUGCCCGCCUUGCUCUUCACAAUGCUCAUGACCAUUGUCUGUUGGCUUCAUCCAGCCUCUGGUGAGAAGGUGACCUUAGCUGUCAGUAACCUACUGGCUUUGAUCCUCUUCCAGCAGCUCGUAGCCGAUAGGAUGCCACCGAGCGGGGAAACUACGUCAAUUCUUGUGGAUUUCUUCAUCUCGAUGAUAGCUAUGUGUGGAGUUGAGGUCUUUUGCGCCAUCGCGGUUCUGCGUAUCUACCACAUGGGUGGACAGACCGAGCUUCCACAUUUCCUUAGAAGAUUGAUGCUAUAUGGACCCGUUCUUUCCCUCUACAAUGGAAAGAGAACCAAGGAGAUCUUGAAAACACAACAGGCAAAUCAUGAGUAAGUAUCCACAUGUACACACAAAGAAAUGUGGCUGCACCCACAAGAUUGCAGAAUUGAUGCUCAAGCAAUGGCGUAUCUAGGACUAACGGUGCCAG